CUGUUAUUGGCAGCCCUCCAGGCACAACUGAUAUCAAGAGAGCCUGACCAUCUUGUUUGCUCAUGAAGAGUCAUUCUGGGUGGUAAAAAACCUCCAGUAUGUCUGAAGACUACCAUGCACGGGGCACCUACCUCUCCAUCUACCUGCUCACCAUCCUCACAGGCUUCCCCACCAACCUGCUGGCCUUGCGCGCUCUCAUCCAGAAGAUAAAGACCAACGCCACCCCGAACAGUGUCCUGCUCCUCAACCUGACCCUCUCCGACCUCUGCUUCCUGGCCUUCUUGCCCUUCAAGGUGGCUGAGGAGAUCUCGGGCGGCUGGACACUCCCCACUUUUCUGUGCCCCCUCAGUGGCCUCGUGUACUUCAGCACCAUCUACUCCAGCACCCUCUUCCUCACUGCAGUGAGUGUGGAACGCUACCUGGGCGUGGCCUAUCCCAUCCACUACCAGCUGAAACGCCACUCAGCCUAUGCGGUAGUGGCGAGCCUUGGCCUCUGGGCCUGCUCAUUCGCCCACUGCAGCAUUGUCUACAUCACUGAGUUUCAGCGGGACAAUUACUCCUUGCCAAGCAACCAUUCCAGCGUAUGCUAUGACAAUUUCACCAAGGAGCAGUUGUCCAUCCUGCUCCCUGUCCGUCUGGAGCUGGGUGUCGUCCUCUUCCUGGUACCCUCCUUGAUCACCUGUUUCUGCUACUUUGGCUUCAUAAGGAUUGUGAUCUCCUCGCCCCACAUCUGCAGAAGCAAAAAGCAACGGGCCGUGGGGCUGGUGGCUGCCACUUUGUCUGUCUUCAUCAUCUGCUUCUCGCCCUACAAUGUCUCCCACGUGGUUGGCUUCAUCCAGUGGGAGAAUCCAGAAUGGAGGGACCAGGCCUUGCUUCCCAGCACCUUCAAUGCCAGCUUGGACCCCAUUAUCUUCUACUUCUCUUCCUCUGCUGUGCAACGUUCAUGUUGGGACUUCCUGACCCGGAUAGAACGGAUCUAUGUUUUGCCUUCUUUGAUCCGUAAGCUUUUCUGCAGAGACACGGAAACUCUGGGGAGAGCUGGGCCUCAGGAACUGGUAACCUGCUCCCUGCUCUGACCAUCCAUCUCCACGUUUCCUUCCUCAGUCCUUCGCUAGAAGCCAAGCAGAUGGAGCGGAAUGUGUUCAGAUGCACUGAAAUAGCCCUGGACCUCCAGAACUGUAUCUCCUUGCAUAUUUUUGGGAACUGUAAGGUCUGCAUCUCUGGACUAGUUGGAAGAAAGAAUGUCUCUGCAUCUGCAUCUGAAGAAUCUCAUUGGGUUGAGGAACCACAACCGGUCUUCUUGCUCCUUGUUCUAGAGACCCAGAACUGGUGAUGGAUGAUUGCUGCCUCAUGCCAGCCUUUUUCUGUCUGAACAGGUGAAGGUCUGUACCUGGAUCCAACCUAGGAAUUUUAGGAUGCAAUCUCCCACCCCACCCCACCCCCCAUGUGUGUGUAUGUGGAGGGGAGAAGAACAAAGAAUAGUGGUUAAAAACAGACAAUAGGAGAAAAACAAUAAG